AUGGUGGUCAUUGGGAAAUCUAAUAAACCAAGGGCAUUCAAAAACAUUGAUUUACCUGUACACUAUUACGGACAAAAAAGUGCAUGGAUGACAAAAGACCUUUUCAAAAAGUGGUUUGAUGAAUGCUUCGUACCUGAAGUUAGAAAAUGGUUAAAAGAUCAUAAUUUUCCUCAAAAAGCGUUGUUGCUUCUUGAUAACGCUCCCGGUCAUCCGUCUGAAGAAGAACUGACAACUGAGGAUAAAUGCAUCACUGCGAUGUUUCUUCCGCCAAAUUGCACUGCACUGAUUCAACCAAUGGACCAGAACAUCAUUCAGUUUGUUAAGCAAGACUAUAAAAAAAACCUACUUUUGAGAGCCGUAUCAAAAGACCAACCAAUAGAAAAAACUUUAAAAGAAUUUAAUAUGAAAGACUUGGUUUUUGCUCUUAGUCAGUCGUGGAGUGCGUUACCGUCAUCAACUAUUAAAUCGUCUUGGAAAAAGUUAUGGCCAGAUAUAAUCACCACUCCUAGCAACGAUCCACAAAUCAGUGUAACUUCGGAAGUUAUAGAACAAGUCUCUACUGAAACACAGAUAAGUCCGGAAGAUUUGGAAGUCUGGUACCGUGGAAUGGAUAAAGAAGAAAAUGUUUUUCUUGAAAUGUCUGACAAAGAUAUUAUAAAAGAGGUUUCUAAUAAUACAACAAACGAUCAGGAAGAUAACGACGACGUGAUUGCAACUGCUCCACAAGUCACAGAUCAAGACGCAGUUAACGCUUUUGAGCUAGGUUUACAAUGGGCUGAAGAGAAUGGUACAUCCUACAACGAACUUUUACUUUUGAGAAGACUGAGGGACAAAGCUCUGAUCUCGCGUUAUAACAACCUUAAACAAAAAAAAAUUGAUGAAUAUGUAUUUCAAAGCUUCAUAAUUUGA